AUGGCCGGCUCGUUCGUACAUGACGAGCCUCGGGACCUGUCAGCUUUAGACGUGGAAUGGGGUGCUCCCGCCUCGCCUUGCCUGGGCCCGAUGGCGCCAGCAGCGUACGGGGCGUGGAGUCCGGCGCUGAGCCCCAUGACUCCCUCUGUGGGCGCAUAUGUAGGGAGGCCCUCAAGCUUGAAACGUAGCCCCCAGCUGCCGCUAGCAGGGCAGCCGGCAGCCCCAGCCUACGGCCGUGUCCAGUUUUUGCGACCCGACAGAGCUGGGUGCUCUCGAGGUGUUGGCGGCAAAGCCAGUGGCUGCGACGGAUGCUUCCUCAUGAGCCCCCGUUUCUCUUUCAAAGAAUCCCCCCGAGUUCAGUCGCCUUCAAAGUAUGAACUGGCUGCUGUGACUGCGCUUUGCAAGACCCCCGUGCUCCCCCGCAGCUCCCCUCGCCGCAGAACUCCCAAGAAACUGCGCUUUCCCGCAGCAUCAUCUUUCAUCCCAAGUAGACACUUGCCAGCUGGUACUGACGGCCUUGCAGUUGUCUGUAACACCCCUCUCUCCACCAUUCGGCGGCCAAAUAGAACUCUGAGGCGUUCAGAGUCGCCUGCAAAGGCGGCGCUGAAAGCCUUAGAGUGCUCGCAAAAAGCCCGUCUCAGGCCUUUUCAAGCAGUGCCAAGGGUGCAGCCACAGUGGGAAACCCGAGAGCUGCGGGCGUGUAGGAAUUGGCUGCACAGGGAGCCUCCUGAGUCGCCGCCUCGCGAAGCCGGCGAGUCAGGCUUCCCGCUGCUUCCCGCGAAAGGAAUUUCAGCCUCUUUCAGAUGGAGGAGUCGACAGCCGGAGGGCGUGACUUGCAGAGAGCCCAUCAGAAGUCCGGAUGCAUCUGUGUACUGCGGAGCUGCUGCGGUGCCUCCAGUCAUGGGGCGCCACCAAAACCGCUUUUGUAUGGAGUCAGUGCCUUCAAGAAGCCCGCUGUAUUAUGGGGAAGCUGGGCAUUCACACGUCAAGCCCGUGGAAGCUCACUCUGCCAUGCGUCAUUCCCCGAUUUCGUUAGCGUCUAGGUCACGUGGCACCUUGCCUAUGACAACGUUGCCUGAGUCCGGGGACCAAAAGGCCACAGAGGAAGCUGAAGACCCAUGCACAGACGUGGUGACUGUGUACAGCACAGAUCGCUUUUGGGCCCUGAUGGAAACACUAGUCGAGCUCCAGAAAGGAUCAACUUCCUUGCAUAGCAGUAGUGUCACGUUUGAUUCAGUGUUGCUACCAGGAGGGGAACUACAGUACUCAUUAAUUGAGCAGGGGAGCUUUGGGAAGGUCUUUGUGGGUUCGUACUUUGGCACCAAAGUGGCCAUUAAGGUGCCGGUGGAAAGCAUGUUGCGUACUGAUCCAGCUGGGGUGAUGGAGCGCACGCUAAAUGAAUGGCAAAUUCUCUCAGUGUGUCAGCACCCAAAUGUGGUCCGCCUUGUUGGUGGUAUAGUUCACGGGCCUUUUGAUGUGUGGCUAGUCACAAAGCUAGCCAAGGGCAGCGAUCUGCACUCGCGUAAGUAUUCUCGCGACCCUCAAGUGCAGCGUUUUAUUUCUCCGCAUAAUGGGCUGUAUAUGUGCCGCCAACUUGCCGCAGUUGUGGCGUAUUUGCACACUCCUAUUCCCGGCAAAAAGCCUGUUGUGGUGCACCGAGACAUCAAACCUGAAAAUGUCUUGAUAGCCGAUGACUGGAGUAUACAGCUCUGCGACUUUGGGGACGCAGAGGCUUCUCCUGAUGGGCGUGUAUCCCGAAUUUCCGGUGCCACGUGGUUCUACGCUCCAGCAGAGCUGCUGCGCUGUAGCCCGGUGGAGUCCAUGAUGGCCGACUCGGGAGCACAGCUGCCCCCCUUCGACGAAAAGUGGGAUAUCUGGUCAAUGGGCUGCGUUUUUCAGGAAAUGUUGGGCUUUCUAAAUCCGAUGCACGUGCACAUUUCAAGCCGUGACAGCCCCAGCACUAUCUACCAAAAGCUCAAAUCAAAGGCUAUUGCUGGAGCCCUUGUUCCGGAGAUCGCCGAUGAGAUUCGAGGCAUCGCGAGGGCCAUCAUUUUAAGGUGCCUCAAUCCGGACCCACGAGCAAGGCCGUCUGCUGUGGAAGUGCUGCAGAUGUGGAGCGCACGCGACGAAGACAUCCUUAAGGACAUCCACCUGCGGCAAGCAAGUCCCCAAGCAAAUAUGUUCAUGGGCAGCUCAUGCAGCAGCGAGCAAUGUUCUUCUGGUGCGGUCUACGAGCCACAGCAGCUAUUGGGAGACGCUCCAUCGUCAUACCCUGCACAUGACCUCCACUGCAAGCGUGGAUUUGCUGACUGGGAGGCACGGAAUGUACCGUAUGGACAGUCGUUAUCCUCCGCAAAUGAACAUGUUUCCACACGGGCGGCGGUAGCCUCAGUGCAGGAGAAUCGAGCAAGCGAGACAGCGUGGACCACGAUGCCUUCGAAAGCACCUACCCAACUUCCGCCGCUCGCUGGAAGGUCCCCUGUAGCAAAGGAAGGCGCGAGGUUCGUGCCACAGCAAGUUAGAGCAGCUGCUCAGUGGCAGUGA